UUUGCUGCUAUCAAAAAACGCUAUGUGGUGAUAAUUUUUUCUCCAUUGUAUUUUUAAACCAAGGAUUCUUUUUGUAACUUGGCUCUCGUCGUUUGAAGCCCGUCUGGUCGUUAGCGGUGGAGAAUGUGGUUUCCGCCCGAAGAGGGCGCAGAACUUUUCGACUUUGAGCUUGAACCAGGAGGAGGUGACGAAUGGGGAUAUAGCGACCACAACGAAGAGCUAAGACGAGUAAUUCUAUAUUUAGUGCGCGAAAAAAAUUCUAUGCUGGUGAAACUCCGUGGACUAUGUGCCUUGCGAGGUAUUUUGCAAAGCCUUUGCACAGAGCCUAACCGCGAACACGCAAUCUUCUUUGAAGGCGCUGGUGAAAUAUGUGCUGAGGAUUCUCUUGUUUUGAACGCGGACGCCGGCCUUCAGCUUCCGACUCGGAAAGCUCACAGAAGUGAAAAAUUGCACUGCGACGAGAAAUCGGUGACUUUCAAGCACGACAACACGAAUUAUGUUUAUGGAAAUACAGACAGUUCGACGAAUACAGAUUUGAUCACAAACCUACUACAAGCUAAUAAAGAACUUCAAAAGCAAGUCGGGUUAUUGGAAGAAGUAACUCGUGAUCAAGAACCAAAAGGAAACUGUUGUGAAAGGUGCUCAACACUUUUCAGAUCUCAGCUUGUGCAGUACAUAUCCAAGACAAAAAAGCUAGAGAGGGCCCUGAGAGCAAAAGAUGUCCUUUGUUCUGCACUAGCGGAAAAACUAGAUGUUAUGAAGGACGAAAAAACCUCAAGGUCAAUUGGGAGAACAAACAUGAACAACAGCAAGACAAAUGGGGGAGAUUGCUCUCAGCUAAAGGACGAAUGCAAUGGUUGCAGCUGCUCUCAUGACCAAACUGCAGAACCCUCUCGAAAUCAAACAAGGAAUUUUCAAAAUGAAGGAACCAAGGAUAAAUCAGAUCAGUCUGUGGCAAAUGGUUGUGUUGUUUGUUCAAGUGAUGGGCAAGUGGUUUUGAAGACCAAGUUUGAGAACAUGGAAAAAGAAAUGAGUCAAGUUACAGAGAAAAUGAAUCAAGUUUACUCUGAGAAACUACAACUGGAAAAACGCUUGAAGGAAUUGCAAGAAAGUCGCGAGAAAGAUGAAAACGAUUUGCGUGGUGAAAUAAACCAACUGCAACAAGAGAAAAGGCAGCUACAGGAAACAGUUGUACAAUAUCAGGCAAAUGAACAGAAGCAGAAACACGAAUAUGACCAAUUACUGUACCGAGCUCAGGAAAUGCAGGAAAUCCUUGAGAGAGAAACACAAGAAAAGUUCGCUUCUAUUGCUGAACAGAAAUCUUUGAGGCAGCAGGUCGAGAAUCUGUCUAAAAACAUGAAAUCAUUGCAAGUUAAAAGCGAAGAAUUUGUCCGAUUUCACUGCGAUCAGGAGGAUCAGAUUGACGACUUCAAGAGACUGAAGAAACAUAUUCAUGACAACGGUUUGCCUAGCAUCGAACAGUUAAUUGCUCUUCAGAGACAGAACGAAACAUACCGUGAAGAAUUUUUGAACGAAAGGAAAGAGAAAGAGCGUGCCUUGUCUCUAAAAGACAAAUUGAAGAGAGACCUGGAAAACUAUCAAUCUCGUAUCUCUUCCCUUCAGGAGCAGGUCUACAAAUACCGAGAGCACAUCUACUUCUUGCAGCAGAAAUUCAAGCAAGAAGGAACUGGUAGCCAACCCGUUUCUCCUAUGUUCGACAUGCCGGGGCCUUCUCAGGGGAAUAAUCUUAGCAGACUGUAUGGUAGCACUGCUACACAGUACAUUAAUGAGAUGUUGCUGCAGGGUAACACCCCACCGAAGUUCCCUGCGUCACCGAUUCCGGAUGGGAAGAAGCCUUUAGUAGGAAAGCAUAGCGAUGGAUCCGGAAAACCGUGGCAGUUCCAGCAGGGUAAUUAUGGUCGAUACGGCCGUCAGAUGUCGGCUGAGGAGUGGAAGUCCCGCGUUCCAAAUCAAGGUCAAACUUGGGACACAUUCCAAUAUGGCUCAAACCAGUCCCCCGGUAGGCUAUCCUCUGCUGGCAGUUUGUCCUCUGUACGCUCUGGUUCCUCUUCGUCAGAAGAAGUUCCAGUCGAAGCUCAGAUAGACGGUAGGACAGCGUUUGGUAUGGGAGGAGUGGGUGGCCGAAGACAAGGCCCUCGACCCACGGGACUACCCGAUAGAGCAUUGGAUGAGACACGUGGAAUGCAACAGAAUUAUGGAGCCCCAUCUUCGUCUUUUGAGGCGUGGUCACCAAAGCCCCAAGGUUAUGCAAUGAGAGGUCAGCGGCGCUACUCAUCUCCCACGGGCAGUGGCGUGCGCUCACCAACCACUGAUUACUGGUCGUCCCCGCAACAUAUGGGGGGGUUCCAACGCUCUUGGCAGUCGCCAGCUGAGCAUGUACAGUAUUCAGAUUCGACGCAGGCCCCUAUGUCUUCUGGGUUGAGGCCAACCGCAGAACCCUGGCCACCAGCGGUCACUACGGUACCCAGUAGCAGUCAUGCGCAGUCGACGUUGACAACGAGCAGUCAAGGAGAUACAAUGACCUUUAUGUCAGGUGGGAUGGGUAUGCGGUAAGACGAGUUAGGAAAUGCAUCACGCGCCGUUAAGUCAUCUUCUACAGUAGAAUCAGUUAACUAGCUCUACAGUCUGAAAUUGGCUGCCUUACUUAACUAUACCCCACUGAAGUGAAGCGGCGUUGCGAAGACGAAGCAGAUUUUUAGGGAAAAUGUAGUCUUAGUAAAGGAAAUUUUCUUUAUUUUGCACCCAUGUUUGGGAUGAGUGGUUCGUAGAAUUAUCAUGGUACGGUGUUUGGUAAUGAGGUAGCUGAGGUAGCAAUUUAGUUAUUACAUUUAGCUCGAGUUGUGAAGCUAAAGAGUAAAGUAAGUCCACUUAAACGAAAAAAAGGACUGAACGCGGAGGCUAACGAGCGAAAGCGUUUUGGUAAAUUUUGUUGCCUCUCAUGGCAAACCAACUGAACAACAUGAAAUGACGCUUUUUGAUAAACAGGAUGAGAAUGGUUUAUUUCCCCCCCUUUUUUUUUCACUUAUCAUUCCUCUUUCCUGUCGGUCCUGAUUUCUUUGUCAUAAAAUCGUGUGCUUGUGAACCACAGAUUAUUGUGAGCCCUCUUGAUACUAACGUAUUCCAGGAUCUUAAACAAUGGAACGCCAGAAAGAGCGAGCAGGGGAGCAAGUGCGUAAUGACCGGCGUGUGCGCUAGUUAGAGAAACGGCUUCAUUUUCAUUUGCCGAUCGAGGCACGCUCGCUUGUUUUGUUGUUUUGCGUCUUUCCACUUACCGAGAGGCUUAAACGUACUUAGACGAUACUUAAUGAAUAAGGGAAAAUAAGUUUGGUUUUAAACAAAGCCAAAUGAAUUGUCGAUUGAAAUAGCUAGCACCUUCUCCUUCGAAUGGACGACGCCUAUUGAAACGAGUUCUUUUGCAAUUUGAAUAACCUUUUACGAAGGUUGCGAAGUAAGUACGAUUGUAAAUAAGAAAUGUUUUGUUGCAUUAUCUAAUAUGCUCAAAAAUGAAAAUUGAUUUGUUCACCAUUACGCUUAUUUAGACAAAUUGACCAGGAAUAAUUCUAGCGAGGUUUGUAAAUAGGAAAGUUCUAGCCUCUCUAUUGCACGUUUUGUUGUACUUAGUUUGCGCUCGACUGAAUUUCUAAUCAAUUGCUGAUAAUUUAAUUGCGAACAGUAUUUACGUUAAAUAUUUAGUGAAAUGAAAAUCAUAUUCAAAUAUCGUUAUUCGUAAAGAGAUUUAUUUUUCCUUUGCUUGAACAUAGUGGAUAUACUUAUUUAUCACAAGGAUGAAAAAGCCAAACUAUUUGUUGAAAUUUCUUUGGAAGUAUAUGAAGUGUUAAAAUUAGAUAAACCAACAUCAGUCUAUUUAACAAGAUGAAAUUAGUAUAAUGUAGAUAGAAGACAAAGAUUUUUUGUGGAAUUCGUUAAAAACACUGAUAGUUUUUUUACUAUUUUACACAAGAAUUAAGGGUUCAUAAGAUUUAUUUAGGUAUGCAUACUUAAUGCUCCCCAAUAUUUGGGGGAACGAGAAAUGGAACUAAGGCGCACGGAUCAAUAGAGCCCUUUUACACUUUUUCGAUGUGUUCGCAGGGUGAAGUACAAACGGCGUUACAUUACGAAAUUUGGUGAGUUGAGAAGAGUUUUAAAAUGAACAUAGUUCCAAAAUAACAUCUUACAAAUGUUAAAAAAAAAAGAGAAAAAAAAAAUGGUUGGAACUUCUAGUGGGUUAGCGGCGGGAAUCGAUAGUAGUUUUCUGAAGGGAAACAGAUUCAGUAUUAUUCAUAUUGGCUUCACAGUGUCAUACUUGACGAGCACUGUUGUAGAAGUAACUAAUUAUUACUGGGAUUCUUCGUGUUUUAGAAAAGCAGUGUAGUAUUUAAAUAUAGCCAGAAAACAGCGAAAGAAAAAACUGAGUAAAUUAAGUUUGCAGAUGAAAAACGAAUGGAACAACAAUAUCUGCAGAAACAACUUUCAGUGAUCUAGUUAUGUGCAAGUUGAAAUCGAUGAUUUGCUUGUCUUGUGGUUUUGCCGUUUGAGCCCCUCUUAGAAACACAGCUCGCUCCGGACAGGCAAUUUAACGGUUAUUUUAUCAGGAGUUUUGCCCAAGGUUGUGGUUAAAAUAGUAGGUUUUCCGCUUAUUUUCGAGCGAAGAACAUCAACAUUGUAAUGAUACCGAUCAGAGAACAUUAUAAUCAGUUCAAAGCGUCCAGUCAGAAAAAAGGGAGCGAAAUAGUAAACUUUGUGAUAGACCAAGAGGAAGAAGAGAAUUAAUGGGACACUGUUUUUAGUAAAAGUACGCAAAAUUAUUUAGAUGCUAUUGGAUAGCUGUUAUACAUAAGAAUAUUUAAUUUUCGUAGAGCUCAGCAUGAGUGAGAAAUGCAUGGAGGUUUGUUCCACUGAGUUACAAUAUUAAUAUUUAGAAGAAAUUGUGAUUGGUUAUUUGAUAAGUAAAAAAAAACAAGCAAACAAAAAAAAACAAACAAAAAACAAACAAAACAAAAUACAAAAUUAAAAAAAGAAAUACAAAGUAUAUUAUAGAAAUAAAAAUUAGUGUAUUGAUUAUGAUCUGAAUUAUUUAACACUUGAAGCCACUUCACUAAGGAGAGAAAAAUUUAAGUACCUGGUGUUUUAGAAACGUUGUAGUCGUAGAUUAGAAUUAUGGAUCCAUGUAAGUCUCCGAGUAACUGCGCACCUACCCCUCCCUUACCCCAACAACAGUCAACUGAUAACAAGUUAGGGUUAAUGUUGGGUUAGGGGAGGGGUGAGUGCGCAGUUGCUGUGAUACUGACAUUGGUCCAGAGAUAUAAGAUACUCAAUAUUAAUUACAAGUGUGGUACGUCGUAUAAAUUGCUGCAUCUUUCCCACGGAAAACGAGCCUUAUCAUUAGCGAAUGGGCGAGAUAUGUAUAGUCGUUUGUUGACAAGUAAGUUUAUAUUUUACAAGAAAAGGAGUGCUUCGUCACAGUGCAUAUGAUGUAAGAAUAUUUGAUUGCUAAAGAAAAAAGGUUAAAAUGAUUUAUUCAAGAAGAGAACUGCUAUUAAAAUUAUACUUAUUUUAUUA